AUGAAUGGAUUCAGCCAACAACUGGAGGACUUCUACCCUUCUUACUUCUCCCCCAGCCCAUUGGGUUUCAGUGAGCCAGAGGUCCAGCCAGUGGCCAUGAACUUGGUGCCAACAACACAGAAGGACAUCCAGCAGCAGCCCAACAGGAAAGAAGUCACCAAGAUCCCCAGAGCCAGCGAGCAGAGCCCAGUCCAAAAUGUCAGGCCCAAAGAGGCCAUUAAUACCAAAGAGGCUGACUCGAGAAACCCUGAGCCCGACUCCUCUUUGGUUUCAGCAUCUCAGCGACGGAAAAGGACCUUCUUUACCCAGGCCCAGCUGGAUAUCCUAGAGCAGUUCUUCCAAACAAACAUGUACCCAGACAUCCACCACCGGGAGGAGCUAGCGAGGCACAUUUACAUCCCUGAGUCCCGUAUUCAGGUCUGGUUCCAGAACAGAAGAGCAAAGGUCAGACGUCAAGGUGCCAAAGCCACCAAGCCCGCUCUUGCAAGCCAUCAUUAUUCUAGCACCUCUGGGGCUAACAGGGCAGUAUUUCCUUCAGCACCUGCCCCUAACAGCUCCUCAUACCAAAUGACUUCAUCCCGGGCACAGGUCCAGCCUCCAAAAGAAUACCAACUGAAUAAGUUUCACCAAAGCCAGGGAUUCCUUUCCUACCCAGACUCAUCUAGUGAUGUCUCGAGGCAGAGGUUCCUCUUGUCACAGGCAACACCUGGUGUCUACCACCUGCCCCAGGCAUCAUCCAAUGUCUACGAUCAGAAUGUGAAAUCAAAUGACCCUCUGUGGGGCCAGCAGCAAGUAUAUACAAAUAUGGAGUCGGUCUUGAACCUCAGCAGAAGACCCCAGCAGAUGCCAGCUCAGCCAAUGUUCAUGAACAGCUUCCAGACCAACAAAAUCAUCAAAUCAAAGAUGGAUACUACCAGCCCUCCGAUCCCUGUAUCUACCACUUCAAGCCACCACAGUCAGAUGAGUUUGUUUGCCGGCCAAGAUCCAUGUCACAUGUCAACAGCACCGGGCGGAACCUAUGGACAGAUUUCCCCCAUCUCAGAUUCUGGUGUCAGUGACACCUCCCCAGAGCCAAGUUCAGACUGGGAAGAGAAUGUUUCUGUGCUCCUGCAUCUUUGA